AAGAAAAGGUAAAUAAGAAUUAAGAAAGGCCUCUGUCUCCCGAUCGUCGUCUCUCAAAAUUUAUUCCUCAGAUCUUCCAAUCUUCAACCCAAAACAUUAAGGAGAGAGAAAGUGGAGCAGAUUGAGACAAUUUUCAGGUUUGAAAUCUCUGGUUGGAGCUCUUUUAUCUCAAUCGCAGCAUCCAAUUCUUCUCCCUUAUCUCAGGUGUAGAAUUGUAAUAUUUCUAAGUCAAUCGGUGAUUGCUUAUUGUGUUAAACCAUCAUGGGAGAAUUGAUGUACGAAAUCGGGCAAAAUGCGUAUAUAAAGCUAGUGUUACAUGCCUUAAAGCAUAAGGCGAGCCCCGUUAAUGGAGUUUUGGUUGGCCGCUUUGAUGGUGGAAAGGGAGUGGUUGAAAUUACUGAUGCUAUCCCUCUUUUUCAUUCCAACAUUGGUCUCCUCCCUGCUCUGGAGAUCGCCCUGAUGCAAAUAGAAGAAAAAUAUGCAAGUCAAGGUUUGAGCUUGGUGGGUUACUUCCAUGCAAAUGAAAGGUCCGAUGACAAUGAUCUCGGCAAUGUGGCCAAGAACAUCGGAGAUCAUAUUUGUCGGUACUUUCCCCAGGCUGGAGUUCUCUUGUUGGACAAUAAAAAACUCGAAGCUUUACCAAAAGUGAAAGAUCGCAGCCCUGUAAUGCAGCUGUAUUCAAAAGAUGGAUCCAAAUGGAAAGUAGAGGAGAGUGGUCGGCUAGUAUUGAAGGAGCCAUCAGCAAACAUAAUAUUAUUGGAUUAUGCAUCAACCCAGAAAUGGGAGGAAAUUGUAGACUUUGAUGAUCACCUUGACGACAUUAACAAGGACUGGCUAAAUGCUGAAUUAUUCAAGUGAGACUUGUGAAUCUAAGAACUCAUCUGAGCUUGAUCUGGUUGAAUAUUUAACUAUUGAACUUGGAGCAAAGAACAAUCAGAUGGAUUGAUAGGCUCAGAUCUCACGAGUAUUGUUCUUGUCUACAUUCUUGGAAGUUUUGGUAAUUCAAAUGAAGUAUUUAUACUGCCUUGUGGCUUUCUCACAUUAUCAAGAGCUAAUCAGGAUUUUGACCAAUUUGUAUUUGUGAAGACUUUACAAGUCUUCACUUUCAUUACUCUUGUUUGCUCUUUUCUUAAUUUAUCAGCAACUAGAAAGGUGGAGUAGUUAAAUUUAAAUCCAAUUUGUUUUGACAAGCAA